ACUCAAGACAACGCGGUGUAGGUUUGCUAUGUUAGUCGGGGACCGGUGACAAUUUUAGGAUUAUUUAACCUUCCGAUGACGAUCAUGGAAAACUGUAUCCUGUUUUUGUUGAGCUUUCAGUUCUUGUUCUUUUUGUCAGGACUCCACUUGAAUUGUCCUGUCUUUGCAUAUCCUGUUAGAGAUGAAACAAGACACAGGUAUUUUACAGAACGGGUACAAAGAAGAAUGUCUCUAAGUCUGGCCCAGUAUUUUGAACAAAUGCCAAAGGAUCAGCAAAGCCUGUCAAAUGUUAAACAAAAUCGGGCAAAACCAGUCAAUGUGCAAUGUUACCCAGACCACCUAGAGAUUGUUGUGAACGCCAACCUUUUUGAAAAUGGAAUUCUGAUCGAGGGGAAUGAGUUGCACCUUGGAGUUGAAGAAGAAGAAGGAUGCAGAGCUGUUCAGUCUUCAGCGAAUGAGUUCACCUUGCUUGCUGGACUCCAGGACUGUGGAGCAAUGAGAUCGGUGAACGAAAAAUUCCUUGUAUACACAAACGUCCUCAUAUAUUCACCACGCAAAGCUGCAGAUAGAGUUGUCAGGAUGGAGCAGGCCACCAUUCCUGUUGAAUGUCAUUUUGGAAGGAAGUUUAGCGUGUCUAGUGAUGCUCUUCAGCCAAUAUGGAUACCCUACUCUUCGUCAGUCUUUGCUGAAGAAAGCUUGGUGUUUGACCUGAAAAUCAUGACACGUGAUUGGCUGCACAAGCGUGAAACCAGAGUGUAUUUCCUAGGCGGCAUGAUAAACAUAGAAGCGUCAGUCUUGGUCGCACAUCACACAAGGAUGAGGGUCUUCAUAAACAGCUGUGUGGCCACCCUGGGCCCUGACCCAAGCUCUCUACCUAGAUACGAGUUAAUUCAGAAUGGGUGCUUGGUUGAUUCCCAGCUGAAGGGUUCACGCUCUCAGUUCAUGCCAAGGACGAGCAACGAAAAACUCCAGCUCUCCAUCGAUGCCUUUAGGUUUUACAAGCAGGAGGGUGGUGAGAUCUUCAUCAGUUGUCUCCUCGCUGCUAUUCCCAUCUCUGACUCUGCAGACACCCAACUCAAGGCAUGUUCCUUCAUCAAUGAAAGAUGGAGGUCAUCUGACGGGCCUGACUUGUUGUGUAGUCGGUGUCAGAGAUAUGAUGCCGCUGAAAGUCAGAAUCCCGCUGCUCUAAAGACCCAAGUCAAGACUUCAAAUGCAGGCUUUCAGAAAAAUUUAAAGCUCCAUAAAGGAUGGGAAGAAGAAACUGCUUUGGCCCCACUGCUGGUUUUUCCGGGCAAACCAAAAAGUCUACCUUCAACUUCGAGAGUGUCUGGUCAUUCUGAACCAAGGAGACAGCUGUUGUCAACCAGCAAAUGGAAGACCAGGGUUGACAAUGGAAAUUCACAGAGAGGAAACGUGCAGCAAGAAUCCAUAAGCACUGAGAAACAUAUGAGGGAUGAGAAGCGGAUGAAGGCUGCAGAACAGGGUAAUGGAAUGUUUCUGGAACCCAGAAGCUUCAAGGACUUCAGUUCAGACGAGAAUGAAGGAUCAGAACAAGAAACUAGGAGCAUGGAUGACUUGAAUGAAGGACCAAGACAAGGUGACUUGGAGAGCCCUACGCCAGAACCUAGAAGCAUGGAGGACUUUAGUCCAGAAGAGAAUAAAGAAUCAAGACACGGUAUUUUGGAUAGCCUGGAGGACUUCAGUACAGAAGAGAAUGAAGGAUCAGGACAAGAUUCCAGUCCAGAGGAGGAUACGGAAGGAUUAGGACAAGGAUCUGGGGCUGAUGACUUGACCAAGGAGACUGUGUCUCCUGGGAUCCCCCUCCUGCUGGAUGACCCUAACGAGACCACACCUGUCAACUCAUCGCAUGAAAAUGUUAACCAAGCCUUUGCCUAUGGGGAUGGUGUCCUUGCCACAAUCCAGGGGUUUGAGACCUCAGCUGCAACACCUGAGGACGAGGGCCGCCUCCAUGGGGCCGACUCGCCCAGUGAUCUGAGCUUCCCCACUUCCAAACAGGACAAUAUUUACACCGAGACAGCCACUGUGUGGCGCUCAGAGGGUACAGAUGCUGACAUUACCAUAGACGAAAAAACAAUAAAUAUUCUUUAA